AUGCGCGCUGAUCUCCUCUCCCUCGCGUUUUCUGUCACUACAGCACUGUCCCAAAGCACCGCUCCUCUAUGGCAGGCUCCUGGACCUAAUGAUAGCCGGAGUCCCUGUCCCCUUCUUAAUAGUCUUGCGAACCACGGCUACCUUCCCCGCAACGGCAAGAACAUCUCCGCAGAUGUCCUCAUCGAGGGAAUGGAUGCAGGCCUCAACCUACGAGAAGACGCGAAGCUGUUUUUUAGGCUGCAAGGCAACAAGGCCCUCGAAGCCUCCUCAACGGGUAACAAGGAGACAUUCCACCUGAGCGAUCUUAACAAGCACGAUCUUAUCGAACACGAUGCUUCUCUUAGCCGAGCGGAUAUCUUCUUCGGGGAUAAUUGGUCCUUCAAUCAGACUAUCUUUGACGAGACAAAGUCAUACUGGCCAUCGGGGACGAUCUCUCUUAGUGAUGCCGCCAGGGCCCUCGUAGCUAGACAGAGAAGUGCCGAGAGCAUCAACCCUGAGUACAACCUACCACUCGAUGGACACACGAACUCUCUGGGACAGACAGCCAUGUACCUUGGCCUUUUUGGAGACUACGAUGAUGGUCAUGCUAACAGAAGCUGGGUUGAGUUUUUUUUUGAAAACGAGAGGCUGCCGUUUGAGCUUGGUUGGCAGAGGCGGUCAGAUGACGAUAAGAUCCCGGCAACAGGAAUCCUGGCCCUAACUACCAAGGUUGCUGUCCAUUAUUUAGCUGCGAAGGUUGGACUGUAG